UCAACACCAGAGCUACUCCUGUCACACAGGUCUACUCUUGAUGACAGGAAAUAACUACUCAAUUCAAUACCAAUUUCCUCUUGAAUUUUUACUACUCAACUGCUUUCUAUUUAAAACAUUGAAAUUCUUCUUAAACUUAAGUUAAAUUUGAAGGACUGUUCAAAUCUUUAUAUACAAAGAACAAAUUUCUUCUUGCUGAGAAUAUGAUUAAAGUGUAUUAAUUGCUUUGAAAUUUGUGUUAAAAACAUGUGCUUCUUGAAUUCUAUAUGUGAAAUCCAUGGAACAUUGCACCGUGAAGUGUGGGAGCAGUUUUUGCUGCAGAGCUGGUAGUUGGCUCCGUCCUGGUCAUGAGAAACGUAGGCCUGCUCAGUACCGGCCUCUCAUCUCGGAGACACUACCUCAACAUUACAGCCAACAAUCUCGUCACCAUCUAUUCAUCUAACUCAGAAAAUUCAAGAAAGACCAGACUACAUCAGUUCUCUGGUCAGGACUUCACACACAUGAUUAAAAACUGGCAAAGUCUUGUGAGUCCUCACGGAAUUGGCUCUCCGGCCUCGGUCCAAUCAUUGUUCAACACCUCAUUGCCUACUAGCCCAGUGUCAAGUCCGAGGAUUCUGAACCCCAGCGGAAGUAUCAACAAAAGGACAGGAGUGGAUCAAAGACUGCUAAAUGUGACUCAAAGAGUUUCACCACAGCAAACUUCUAGACAACAAGUACCAUCUGGAGGCAACAACUCGCUCCCUUCUUUUGCCCCGCGAGGUCCCCUCACUCCUAGCAUUGUUAGGCAUAGUGUACCAAGUUGUAGUAGCAGGUCUUUUGGUAAUUUGAACUGUACCAACUCAUCCCGAAACAUAAAUAAAACUUCUCUCUCUAUGACAUCAAAUGUUAGAAAUAGCCAAGUUAAGAAUCCUAGUACAGUUUUUCCUAAAAAUGCUGAAAACUCAAGUUCCUCCUCUAAAAGUUUUAAGUUUGAUCCUGUGAUAGUUACACCUGAGAGAAAUAUACAAAUUUUCCCACCAAGACAGUCUAAAGAUGUGCAGAGUACCUCUGUACCAAAUUCGUCCAUUCGUCAAAGUCCAGAUUUAGGGAACAAUAAUUGUAAAGUAAUGUUGUCUCAGUCCUCACAGCUUACUGCUGAAGAACAAUCGUUGGUGGAAAGUGUUUUUGAUGGCAUUGAUGCGGAUAGCUUAUUCGAUGAUGAUUUCUGAUAAAUGUUGUGCCUAACUACUGUUUGUACCUGUUGGAAUAUUGUAAAUAUCUAUUUUUACAGUGCUACAUUUGUUACAUCAAUAUAAAUCAUGGUUUUUCA